AAAAACAAGUUUUUAAAAAAGAAAGUGGUUGUUUUAUCCGUAUAACUUAACGAUGACUGGACUUGUAUAUACAACUUUACAUAUAUGUAUGUAAUAAAUAUAUGUGUGUGUAAUAUAAAGAUAUAUGUAGUGGACAUGAUUGUAUGACGGUUGACUAAACCUGAGUUUUUUUUAAUAUUAAAUGACCGUGGACUGAAUAUUCAGUCGCGGUAAUAUGCGAACUAUGACGUCAGUUUAAUAAAUUUUUUUUUUUAUGUGGAUAUAAUUUGCUAGGUAAAUUAUGUGAAUGCAUAAUUGUGUAUUAUAACAAUUGAUUACGUUACAAUAGAGUUAAAUAAUUAAUUAUUACAAAACGCGGGAAAAUAGCAGAAUUCAAAUUUAAACGGAAAACGUACUGUUUAAAUAAUUGAAUUUGAUAAGUGAAAUAAUAAUAAUAAUCAAAGAGGCGUCGGUCGGUCAGGUAGAGAGUUUGACAAAUAUAUAACUGUACUUAAAAUUCGUAUAAUAAUAUUAAUAGCAAUUAUAUUAUUAUUAUAAUUAAUGUGAUUGUGAACUUUUAAGGCUGUCAAGUUGUUAUAAAAACUUGAGGACAAAAUGAAAGAUCGUGAUUUUAUUUGAAUUUGAAUUUAGUAUGAGAGAUAGCAUAAAAAUGUUGAGAUGGGAAGUGGAUUGAAGAAUGCUGAUACUAAACGAGGUGAAAACAUAACGUGAGAUGAAAAACAUAGGGUGAAUGUGUUGUGUGGGUUCAGGUUUUGGUGAUACUGACGCUCGUUUUUAUUGUUAUUGUUGUUAUUAUAAUUAUUAUUGUUAUUGUUGUUGUUGUUGUUAUUAUCAGUGGGCAGUGAGUGAGUUUUAUUGUAUUUAAAUAGCUAGGAAAAUUAUUUUUAAAAUGGGUAAUCAUCCGUCAGCUCAUCAACCGCUUGAAAGAGCGACUAGUUACAGUGGAAAUGCUCUUAGAUAUUCGAAAAGAGAAAGAUCCUCACCAGCAAACACAAACAACAGACGGAUGGAUCGUUUAAGAAGAAGUUUUCGAGAUAGUUUUCGACGUAGAAAAGAUACACAUAUACCAGAAUCAAGUAAACCACAUCAAUGGCAAGCUGAUGAAAGUGCUGUGCGUUCAGCAACGUGUGCCUUUCAUGUUAAAUAUUUAGGAUGUGUUGAAGUAUUUGAGUCAAGAGGAAUGCAAGUUUGUGAGGAAGCAUUAAAAGUAUUACGGAAUUCAAGAAGAAGACCAGUAAGAGCAAUAUUGCAUGUAUCUGGAGAUGGUUUGCGAGUAGUUGAAGAUGAAACAAAAGGAUUAAUUGUCGAUCAAACUAUUGAAAAAGUAUCAUUUUGUGCACCAGAUCGUAAUCAUGACAAAGGAUUUAGUUAUAUUUGUAGAGAUGGCACCACGAGGCGAUGGAUGUGUCAUGGAUUUUUAGCUUUAAAAGAAUCGGGUGAGAGAUUAAGUCAUGCAGUGGGCUGUGCAUUUGCGGCAUGUCUCGAACGUAAGCAGCGUCGAGACAAAGAAUGUGGAGUUACGAUGACAUUUGAUUCAAAAACAUCAACAUUUACACGAAGCGGAAGUUUUCGACAACCUAGUCUUACGGAAAAAUUACAAGAUAGCAGAGAACGUGCAAUUGAUGUACCGUCGACACCGACGUCAGCAGUCGUCAAGCAGGUUUACAAUCCGUUCGCUAUUGAGAGACCUCAUGCGACCCCCUCAAUGUUAGAAAGACAGGGGUCAUUUCGCGGAUUUAAUCAACUUAAUCAAGCUUCACCAUUCAAGAGACAGCACAGCUUACGCGUUAAUGAUCUUCCCAGUAAUUUAGAACGCACACGAAGUCACAGUCUUGAGCCAACCGAUUUUUCACGUUUGCCCACCAGCCUCGGUGGUACUUUGCCACAUGGUAUUGGAAUUAAACCACCUGUGAGUCCAAUACCAGAAUUAAUACCAUCAACUGGAAGUGAUAGUGUAUCAGCAAUGUGUCAACAACUUUCACACGGACUCUCACUUUUAUCUAGUAGCGAUGAUUUUGGCAGCUUGCCACCACUUCCUACUUUAAAUUCAGUAUCUAAAAAUUUAUUUAGCAAUACAAUUCAAGCUCAAGGAGUUACGAGUAGCAAUUCAUUAGAUGACAUAAAACUCUCAAAUGGUCCCAGUAUUAAUAACAAUAUAAAUAACAACAGUAACAAUAAUAACAAUAUAAACAAUAUUAAUGAAGAUAUGUCUAUAAAUGAGCUGACAUGGAAUGAAACAUCGCAAAUUACCUUAACAAAUCAUCAACGAUUGACACCGAUUUUAAACACCAGUUGCAAUUUAAGUCCAGUACUUGUUAAAACAAGUACUGGUACUUUAACAGGGACAACUUCACUUUCAUCUGAGUCAGCGAUUGAUAAAUCUUCAAGUGAUACUUCAACGACGAGCAGUCAGGCAUAUAUUUUAAAUAAUUCGUUGACUAAUUCUAUCGCUAGUGAUAAGUUUGAGACACAAUCGGUUGUAAGUACAAGUAGCGCAACAACAAGUGGAAUUUCCGAAUUACCAAGAGCAGAACAAUGGCUCGGUACUGUAACAGGACUAGUAUCAGCAGCCCAACAAUCAUCAACCUCUGGAUUAAUUUCAUCAAUUCCAUUACCAUCAGAAGUUCCUCAAGUCCCUAUACCUCCACGUCGGGCGCCACUUCUUCAUGCACGUGCCCAUUCACUCGGCUCGGCACUAAUGCCCAGUACAAUAACCACACGCACUGGAAUAAUAACAACAUCUCGUGAUCCUUUUGAUGCUGAAUGGGCUGAAUUAGCGGCACCAGAUUUGAAUAAAUCCACCGGAAAUACCGCAGCCACUACUAAUCCCUUUAUUGUUCCCAAUACAUCGCAAACCUUUCAGGUGCAAUUGUAGCAAUCCUUACGAUAAUUUAAUUAAUUAAUUAAUUAACUAAUGAGCAAGCUAGUGCUUAUCAAUGCUAAAAAAAAAAACAAAAUGAUGAAUAAUUAAUUACAUGUGUAGUGAAUUGCACGUAAACGCACGAUUUUAGUAAUUAAUUAAAACCCUAGUCUUAGUGAACGCACAAUUUUAAUUUAUGUGCGAUGGUCAACGUACUUUAUUCGUUUUUAUUUAUAGAAAAUAUUAUUAAUAUUUUUUUUUUAUGUUACUUAAAUUGUCUGAGUACUUGUAAAUGUACUUAUCAAUUGUUUUUAAGUAUUAAAACAAUUUUUUUUCGUUUAAUUAAAUUUAAAAAAUGCGCGGGAAAAUUGGAAAUUUAAAAAAGAAAAUUUUUUAUUGUUUAAAUAAUGGAUGUAAAUUUUUGUGCGAGUUAAACUCAUAAAUUGGGAAGUAAAAUUCCGUAAAAAUGAAUACACGGUUGUAAAAAAUUUUUGUAUGAGUUUUGAAAUUAAUUGAAUAGAAUGAGUUUCAAUUAUUUGAAUAACUAAUAAUAAAAAAUGAAGUUUAAUUUUUAUUUUUUUAAUCGUUCCAAUAAUUAACAAAGUAAAUUAUUUUUAUGACUCAUGAAUAAGAACGCGGGGUUUUUCUGUCUAAUCUCAAGUUAGGCAAUGAAAAAAACUUUUAGCAAUUGUUCAAAAAAACUACAAAUAUGAAACAAUUAAAAACUAAUCAAAAUUUUUCAAAUAACUGAUACAAAAAAAAUUUGUCAAGACUCGUUAGAAAAAAAAAACAGAGUUAGACUGUACAGUCUCAAAGUAAAAUAAAAAUUAUUUAAACAAUUAAACAAAAAAAUCAAAUCGUUUAAACAGUUAAAAUUAUUUUGCUAAGAAGUCUAAGAAUUUGGGCUUUUACCGUCCAGUUGAAGUUUUAGUUUUUUUUUUUUUUGUUUUUUUAAAUGUUUGAACAAUUUAAUUUUUUUCAUAAAAAAAAAAAUUGAAAAUUUUCCCUCAGCAAAGAGAAGUAAAAUCGAUAGAAAAAUUGAAUGAAUUUAUUUGUCAAUAAAAGAUUGAACUAAGAAAGUAAUUAUAUUUUAUUGAGAAUUGUAUAUAUGAAAAAAAAGGUUUUAAAAUAUUUUUAAAAAACUAGCAUUUAUGUAGAUUAAUUUUUAUUGAUUUUGUACUUUAAUUAUUAUUAUUAAUUAUUAAUUAUUGAAAGCCGUUAACUGAGCCAGAUGAAACAAAAUUUUCUAUAUAUAUAUAUAAUAUAUAUGUAUGCAUAUAUAUAUUUGCACUUUGUUAAUAGAUGUCACAAAGUCAAAAUAAUUGUUAUUACCAGAAAUUAAAUAUUUAUAUGCAAUGCACAAUAUAUAAAUAUGUUUACAUUCCACAAAUAUUUAAUUGCAUAUUUUGUAAAUAAAUAAUUAAAAAAAAAAUUAGAAAAAAUAUUAAAAUUUAAUUUGAAAAUAUAUUAAAUCAGAUAACGGCAGGAAAAUACAAAAUUGUUUGAAAGGCUUCAAGUACUUAAAACCGUGUACUUAAACAUAUAUAUAUAUAAAUAUAUACACAUAUAUUUAUUUAUAAACUCAUAAAUAAAUAUAUAGACUCAUUGAAACACUUGAACUAUUAUUAAAUACAGUUGGUAAUGUCUUUUAAUGUUUUUUAUUAUUAUAACUCAUUAUUAUGAUUAUUUUAAAUAUUCAAAAGAUCGCGAUGACUCCCGCGAUUUAUCUUAAAUAAUUGAUUUUUAUUUUAUUUAUUUAUAAAAUAUCUGUAGUGAGGGUUGUAAUUAUAUUUAUUUUUCUCUUAAUUAAUUAAAAAAAUUUUUAGUAUAAUGAUUUUUCAAAAUAAAAAAAAAAAUAUUUAUUUAUUGGGUAUAGAUUUAAAAAAAAUUGAUUAUUAGAAAUGAUAUUUAUUGUAAAUAAUCCUGAUCAAUACCACAGAAAUUAAAAAAUAAAAUUUCCAAAUAAAAAUUAAAUUUUUAGGGUUUAAAUAAAAAUUCAAAUUUUUGAAUUGUGAAAAAAAAACAAAAAUAAUUUAAAACAGAUCAUAUCAAACCCUGCUACAGAAUAUAAUUUUCUUUCAUUGUGUCAUUGGUUAGCAUAAAUAAAAAAAAAGUAAAAUAAAGUUUAAAAAAUUUUUUAACUUCCAAUAAUUUUUAGUCAUCAUUUACGUUAAUUCAUAAUUAUUUAAUAAUUAAAUCUAAAAUGUAUAUAAGGUAUUUGUGCCUCAGUAAAUAUUAAAAUAAACAGAAGUAAAAAAUAAUAAAAAACGCACAUUGGCCGGUCACAAUUUUCUUAGCUUUGAAUAGGAUUCAAAAUUAUCUCAUUUAACUAGGCUUAAUACUUUUUUUUUUUAUUUUUUUUUUCUAAGCGAGAGAUCAAAAAAAUUGUUGUAACCAAAAUAUUUGUUAAUUAAAGCAAAAAAAUGUAAAUAAAAGUUGAAAUUAUA